AUGAAUCAAGGCAGAGGAGCAAAUUCAAGCAAUGACAAGGAAAUGCUUACUAUGGCCGAAGAAGAGCUGGCUAGACUACACAGACAGCUUCGUAUUAUGGAUGAAGAUCGCAUAGCUUUCUUGGAAGAAACCGGCACAAAACUAAAAAAACAAAGAAAAAUAAUGCAGACUCUGAAAAGAGAAAGAGAAAAAAUAUCGGAAGAGAUCAACGUAGCUACAUGUCUAAACCAGAAAAGGAAUGACGAGAAAUUAGUUAGCAGGAUGAAAAAACUGGUAGAAGAUUACGAGAAGUACGACAGUAUGGUAAAAAACAGAGAAGGAGCAGCUGAAAGAGUUGGAAGAAAUGCGGGAAAUCCAGAGAAAACUCGACCACGACUUCACGUUACGGGAGUUUUUGAGUACCAAGGGCCAGAAAAGGAUUCUAAAAGAUUUGGAAGAGAAGGAAAGGAAAAAGAAGGAGAUACAAAUUCAAAACUUGGAGAAUCGACUGAUAAUGUUGGAGGAUACUAUGAAACAAAUACAGAUGAACAAAUUGAAAUCAGCCAGCUAAAAGAAAAAGAGCGACAGCAUAAUUUGGAAUAUUUGAGAGCACAGUUGGAGACUGUUACUCGAGAGACACUAAAAAAUGAAGAAAAUGUCAAAAAUUCAGAGAAUAAGGUAAAAGCCAUACUGGAAGGCAUCGAAGACAUUUUCGAUUUGUUGUUGUGUGAUAGAGGCCCCAUUUUGGGAUUGCUAGGUACUGAUUCUUCGAUGAAUCUUUUUAACGUGAAGAUAUAUUUGGGUACCAUCGAAAAGAAGAUAACAGGACUGAUUACUAGACUAUAUUUUGCUGAAAAAGCAGUAAGUAUACCUAAAUGA